CCGCGAAGUAAACAAACGACUGCGCCAGUAGCUCGCACGGAAAUCUGCUCGUUUUCCCUCUGCUUCCAAGUACCUAGUGCAACUGAAUGUUUCACAUGCUGGAACAAUCGUGACCAAUCCAAACGCUUUGAUUUAGCUGAUUUUCCAGUACCCUAGUCACGAUGAACAUGCGCGUAUCGGAGCUGACGGAGAUUGCCCUGCAGAUGAUGGGCUACAAGCUGUUCGAUCGGAACGGCACACCUACUGACUCGCUCGAAGCGGUAAUCGAAAAGCACCAGUACGCAAACGAUGACCAAAUGGCACUGGCCAAACCCGCCAACAAGCGCAAAAAUCCCAACCCAUCGACAAAAAGCGAGCAACAGUUUGCGAGCCAGUUCAAUCUGCCCGAUUUCGACACCAUACUCACGAACCCGGUCCGGUACGUGGACGGCCAGCUAGUGUCGUUCGAGCAGCAGCAGCAGCAGCGUCUGGCCGUGUUGCGCAUGCAGGACAAUAUUACCAAGCCGAAGGUGAAAUCGAUCCGAGCAUCGAAUUUGAAACAGAUUUCCAACAGCAAGCAGGGCCUGCAGACACAGCUGAUGCGCACGUACAAAGCGAUGAGCGAAGCGGAUGAGACGGAGCUGCUGUCCCGAACAAAGUCAGAUGAUUUGGAUAUAGGCGAACACAUACAGCUCAAGCAGGGGCUGCUGUUGCGCGAGUUUAACGUACUGCUCCAGCUGCUCAAACGCUUGAUGGACGACCUGUCCGACAACUACGCCCAGUUUGAUUUUGCGUGGCUUAUGAUGCGCAAAUUGGACGAAAUGUUAAAGGGUGCCGAACGAACGUCUACGAGCGCUUAAAGGAGGAGCAACAACGUAAGCUAAUUCGCCCCCGACCAUCAUCAUCUCAUUAAUUCCACUAGCGUUUAAUAAACAGUUACACACACACGCCCUUGA